UGCCUUCGCGAUCCGGCGAGACGUGACCGUCUCCCCACAAAUAUGGACUUUUCUCCACCCUUUUCCUCCAGCACCCCAAGGACUGGUUCCCCACUUCUUGAUGAUGACGACCUGCUUACAUCCGUCUCGCCCUCCCCUUCGCCUGUACCCUCGCUCUCUCGCCCGACCUAUGCCUCCUCGUACGCGACCCCAGACUCAACCGAGUCCAAAGACGAAGUCGAUAGUCGCCGCCACAAUGAUUCUUCUUCAGUCGGCGCAAUGCAUUCGUCGACCGACACCGCUUCCAGACAACUCAAAGGCAAGGAAAAGGCGAGGGUGGGCCCGUUGAAGCUGUUGGAUCUUCCUGUCGAUAUCCUAAAGGAGAUCAUACAACAACUUCCCCACACCAAUGAUCUCACGUCCCUCGCUCUCUGCCAUUCUGCCCUUCACCGUCUUGCUAUUCCCUACAUCUAUUCUCGCUUCGACAUUGUCUGGCCCGACGAAAGUACCCAUACAGAGCCUAGGUCCGGAGUAGAUGCUUUGACGUAUGGUCUUGCAACUCUAGUCACGGGAGAUGACUGUUUUCCGCACCAAAACCGAUCACAUCAAUCCAACUUGUUACCCCAUGCGAGGAAAGCCGCUUCGACACCUUAUCCGAUUCCGCGACGACGUUUCGGCAAUUACUAUGCUCAAUUUACUAAAAAGUUCUCUUUGGGCAACGGGCCUGCAGCAUGGGUUCAGGAGUAUAUGAUUACAAAAGAAGGUGGAAAAAUGUUGGGAACUUUGGUGGCGUUAGCACUCGCGCGUAUGAUCAACCUCGAGACUUUCAUCUGGGACAUGCCGACUGGCGUUUUGCGCGACGUAUGGUUAGCUUUAUCUAGCCAAGCUGACAGGACUGACGGUGACACUUGCCGUCUGGACCGCCUCUGGAUUCGGUGGCAUGACAACACGCUGGACGUACCAUUGCCUCCACCUGCACCGCCUAUGAUUUUGAACACGGCGGCGCCUCCUGGUACCACCCAUCCAUCCGGAGUAGGUCUGGUCCAGCCACCUGUGGUUCUGCCCCAAAUAUUCCAUGCUCCCUCUGCUUCAGCCAUGGAUAGGGUAGAGUACCCUACCUUCUCUGUGAUCCCGCCUCUGAAAAGCUUGAGCGUUCUCGACAUCGAUGAGCUGCCUUAUCUUGACGAAAUGAGCAUUCUGAUUGCUCGAUCCCAGAAUAAAUUGCGCGAGCUUCGAAUCGGCAUUGCACCGCACGCUCAGCAACGAGACUGGGUCACAGCUUGGGAAGGCGAUAGGAUCCAGCAGGUUGAUUAUAAUGCUUCAUGGAUAGGAGCAAGUUCAAUCGGCGAGAAAAGAUUGGGUGGGGUUUUGGGAAUCCUCGUAGCGAGGGUUCACAACUUGCGGCAUACUGAUCCACGAACCGUGCGAAACCGGAAAACAACCGUGCAAGACAGUCGGCAAACGGGGACUGCCUCCACCAAGAUCGACACAGCCAGCAUGCAGCCUACUCUCGCAGUGCCACUGCCUGAUCGUGAUCCCGAGAUUAGCAAUGACGAGACUGAAAACACCACUGAUGGCCCUGCCAUACCGGAAGGAGUGAGUUUGCUAGAUGGUAUUGAAUCUUUCUCGGCUGCUCCUAUUGCACACGCGACAGAGGCCGGUCCGCUUGACAGUGAUGGGUUGUUGCAGGAUGUGCCACCUCUCCCUGCUCUCCCUGUCACUACACGAUCUCAGAAUCGCGUCAGUUUUGACCUGGACCAGGACACGAACGCCCUUCCCGGGCCAGAACUGACCGGCAAACUGAGAUUGGAGGUUCUCGAGCUUGAGCGAGUUCCAUUAUCCGUUCCCGUUCUUCUCAGGGCAUUCGAUUGGACGAUAAUGACAACCCUAACACUGCUGAACUGCAACAAUCAUGAACAACUUUGGAAAUCACUUCGUCGGAAUUAUACACCCCGGACAGCUUACACAGGUUCCCCUGCAAGUUCCAAAGCAUACAAAGCCUCGUAUACGCUUCGAUCGGAAUACACUCUUAACCUCAAAAAGAUACACACAAACACAGUAUCUCCGUCUUUGAUUUCCUUUCUGAAGGAGACUCUUGCUCCUAAUACUCUGGAAGUGCUCUUCUUGCAAGAAGGUAGAUCUUAUCAGUCGACUGUCACUGUGGAGGCAAUUUAUCGAGGGCCACUGCGUCGACAUCGAUCAAGUUUGAAAAAACUCAUGAUAGAUAGCAGCGAAAAAUCGCACGAUGGGCAUGCGACUACUAGCUUGCGAUGGAGGCGGUGGAUGCUGAGUCGUGAUAUCCUUACUUUUAUUACUAGCGGGCGCAUGAGUAGCCUCAGAGAGCUUGCCGUCGCCAUUGAUUAUAAAGACUGGCACCAUUUCCUGCAGCGGUUACCAUUAAUACCACACAUUCGCUCUCUAUAUAUUCCUUUCAUCGCUGAUCAUCCACACGGAAACAACCUCGAUCCCCGGGAAUACGCCUAUCAAAUUCUAGAUAUUGUACAUCUCCGACCCGAAAUCGAACUCUGUUACAUGGGCCUUUCGAACAAGUGCUUCGAAAUUUUGGAAAACCGGCUUUCAAAUUAUGACUUACGGCAUGAUGGAAUGCAUGUAGGGGAAACAGCUAGCGCAGGCUACGUAGCUCACGACCCCAUAAUCUCCGAUGACGAGUCGGAGGCGACCGAGGAUGAAGACGAAGACGAAGACGAGCUUGACGACGGAAUGGGCGCGGACGGUGACGAGACAGAGUCCGAAGCUUCUGACGAAAUUCAUGACUAUUCUGACGAUGAAUCCCUGUUGCAAGAUAGCCAGAAAGGACCGAAGCUUAGGGUGCGAGAGAUCCUUUUCUAUGAGGAACGGGUGGAGGCAUUCCGUCGACGACAUGGUGUUUUAAGGCCGUAG